CUGUCUAUGCGUCUAACGUGGCAGUCACACAAACAUGGCGGCAAGAUGAUACAGUAAAGUUAAUUUCCGCGUGUGCAUGUUGAAAAAUACCAUUUAAACCCACAUAUAUUUGUUCUUGAUAAACCCGAUUUGUAAUUUAGUUGCAAGUAACUUUAUAGGCUACUAAGAAUGGCUUCGUGGGCUGGAUUUUCAGAGGAAGAACUACGAAGAAUGAAACACGGCGGCGAUGUCGUAAACCAGGCUGUGUCAGUCACAUUGGGUCGUGGCCGGAAAGCUGCUCCUACUAACCGAAGCAGACAGCAGCUACAACGGGAAAUGGCUCUGCAGCUGGCAGCCAAACAGAAGGACAGCCGCUCUCUUCCACCCGACCAACAGCUUACCAAGCCCCCAGACCCGCCUGCUGUCAGUCACGCCGCUCCUGUCAAACCACGGGAUGAGCCCAAACCAUUGGAGACGCAACUGGUUGAACAUGAACCUGUUAAACAUGACCCAGAAUCUCCUGCAGAGUCUGCACCAGCAGCAGUCAUCAAGGAGCUGGACAAACAGCAAGUGGAAUUGCGGGAGAAGAACCAUCUGGAGCAGUUGCAGUGGGAGCAACGGAUAAUGGAAGAGAAGAAUAAAAAAAGAAAAGCUCUCCUUGCAAAAACCAUUGCUGAAAAGUCCAAACAGACACAGGCUGAAGCUGUGAAACUGAAGAAGAUCCAGAGAGAACUUCAGUUACUGGAUGAUUCUGUGUCCAGCGACAUUGGGAUUCUUAGAAAACUGAUAGAGCAAUCAAGCAUGGAUUAUUCCCAGGCAUGGAAACGUUUUGAGAAAGCCGAGGCUGAGUAUGUUGCAGCCAAGAUGGACUUGCACAGGAAAACAGAGGUGAAAGAGCAGCUGACAGAGCACUUGUGUGCAAUCAUCCAACAAAAUGAGAUGCGCAAGGCCCGCAAACUGGAGGAGUUGAUGAUUCAGCUUGAGCUUAAUGCUGAGGACGUCCCCAUCCCAAAGGAAACAGAUCGUGAGGACAAAGAGAGGGAGGCCAACUCCCAGCCUGUUACUGAAAACGGUCCUGCAGCAGACACGGAGGGGAUAAAAGGCAGCCUCAGUCUGAUAUUGGUGUCAAGUUCCCAAAUACUGUGAGCGUUAUUCCAUUACUACUACUAGCAUUAAAAAUGGCUGAACAUUACAGGGCUAAAAUAUUGAUUAUGAUCUAUUAAGCUCGGUUUUUGGUUUUAAUUAAGGGUGCUAUAUGAUCCUAAAUGUGGGCAGUUAAAAUAGUGCUAUGUAUUUUAUUGUGGUUCCUUUGGAUGUCAGUCAUUUGUACAAUUUAAUAUGUCUUCCAUUAAGUAAAUGGAGUACAAAUUUCUUGAAAACAUUAUGCAUCUUAAAAACACUAUUAAAGACUAAAUACUGUUAACUUUAUUGUUUUAUAACUUUGACAUGGAAUAGUGGAAUAGUGGCAAAUGGCCUGGUGGUAGUUUGUAGUUGUGAUUUAUUUAGCAUGAUGUUGCACAAGUUAAUUGUGGAAUCUUUUAUCUGUAUAUGGCUUGUCUCAUAAAAAUAACUUGAUGCAAAUGUUAACAAAUCAAUAACAGCAGGGUUUUUUUUAUCAUACAAAGCUGACAGUUUGCUCAGCAGAGAUGAGAACAACUGAUUCGUACUGUAGAGGAAAAAACGAUUGGAAUGUGGGAAGUUGAAUGGCAUAGUGUUUAUUUUAUUUUUAUAAAUAUGUUGUAUGUAUAUGAUUUAUACUUUUAGAAUAAAACUCCAUGCAUACACCAUGCACAGCUUUGCACCAACACUUAUAAAUGUAACAUUAUAUAACAGUAU